AUGAGUGUCAAUGAGACAACUCUCCAUACCCAGAUAUUUACCCUUGAAGACCAGUUUAAGAUUGUGAUUGUGGAGGGCACAGGCAUGUUACCUGUGAUUUUGGUGGUUAUGACCAAAACCGCAGGAAUAAAUGGUCAAAAAGGGAGAAAAACAAGGAUUUUCUGGUUUCCAGAAAUACAGACAGGUACUGCUUGCAACAAAGAUACACAAUCAGUGAAUCAAUGCAGUGAUCCGAAUGCGGUGUGUAGCAAUACUGUAUCAAAGUGUGUGUGUACAGAUGAUUUUUAUUUCAAUAAUUCUACAAAGAAUUGCACACAAAAGGUCGGAGUAAAUCAGCCUUGUAAAAUAAAUGUGGAAUGUCAGACAGGUUUGACAUGCAUAAGCAAAUCCUGCACUUGUGGAAGCAGUAAAUAUUGGAAUGGUAGCAAUUGUGCUAAUAGGAUCGGAGGAAAUCAGCCAUGUAAAAUAAAUGUGGAAUGUCAGACAGGUUUGACAUGCAUAAGCAAAUCCUGCACUUGUGGAAGCAGUACAUAUUGGAAUGGUAGCAAUUGUGCUAAUAUUCCAAGCCCCCCGAAAUCUGUAAAGAUUAGAGACGCUACGACAGACAAGCUUACUAUAGAAAUUGUCCCAGGAGAAGGACGUGCUGAUAGUUUUGACAUUCUAUUUAAGCAACGAUUUCUCAGCAGUGUGGUUGUAAAGAAGGACACUAGUGUUACGAUAACCGAUAUUAACGGUUUGGAACCAGGAACUUUAUACCAAAAUUUUACAGUGAUAGCAGUGUCAAAUGGUGUCAACAGUAGUCAAACAACGGUGCCAGAUAGCUCAACAAAGCCAAGCGCUCCAGCUAGUGUACUCAUUACAUCAGAAACAACAAAAACAAUAAGCAUUACCGUUUCCAAAGGCCCUGGGAUCGUUCAAAGAUACUAUAUACUGAAGAAUGAAACUUAUUACAAAACAGUUAGUGUUACCAACAACAGUUUACAAUCCAACACCUUGAUUGACAGACUACAGCCAGGCACAGCAUAUAAUAGUUUUUCUGUCGUUGCUAUGUCUAAUAACGUAAACAGUACAGAAAUAGUCAUGCGCCCUCAUGCUACAUUACCAGAAAAACCUCUCGAUAUCAUACAAAAGACAUCUAGAUUAUCUGGCAUGAUUGUAGAAGUUACAGCAAUAAGCAAGGCAAAUCAUGAUUUGAUACUUGUAAUAAAGGAUUUAAAGAACACCAAUAAUGUUUCAACAGCAGAAAUUAAUUCCAACAGAACCAGUAAUGGAUUCUUGUAUACAGUUUCUGAACUGCAGAUUGGAACGUGCUAUCAUUUGGUAGUUUAUUCUACUUUUUCUGCGUUUGGUGUUAAUUAUACCAAUCCUGAUGGACUAAAAACAUCGAAUCCAGUAUGCACAUUACCAGAGAAACCAGAUAGUAUCACACAAACUAGUUCAAAUCUUACAAGUAUGACAUUUGAUAUUGGUUACAAAAACAAUGUGGACAUUAAAGCAAUUGACAUAACGGUAGUAAUUAGAGAUAUGAAAAACAAAAACAUAUCAUCCAUUAUCUGCAACAGAGCCAUUGAUCGAAAUACAUGUACAGGAAAUAGUCUCCACGUUGGAAAUUGCUACCAGGCUUGUGCUUAUUCACGUUUAAAUGCUAUAUAUCUUAAUCCUGAUCCGAUUUGCAUAGAAAAAGCUUGUACACACCCUGAAAAACCAAGCAUUGAGUUUUUGAAUAGCACGACUAAUAUCAUAACCAUUUUAAUCAACAAAGGAUAUGGUGGCAUUGAUGGAUAUGAAAUAUAUGUAAAUAAACAGCUAAAAGAACAUGGUACAUAUACAGAAGGAACAAAAAAGGUUCAAAUACGUGGUAUUAUUCCCGGAACAAGGUCAAACGUAUUCGCUCUUGCUAUAGCAAAUAAACUGAGAAGUAAAAAAAGUGAGGAUAUUUCCUGUUUAACAUAUCCAAGUCCUCCAAAAAUACAGGUGAUCGAGAGAACUAAUACUACAAUACUUCUUAAAAUAGAACCAGGACAAGGAUCCGUAGAACGCCUUUUUAUUUUAGUGAAUGGAUCUGUACAUUCUCAAGUAAGCCUAGACUCAUCCAAAACAAGUAUGACAAUUUCAAGUCUGCAAGCUGGCACUGUAUACAACUUACGUGUAAAAGCUACAUCUAAUAAUUUAACCAGUGCAUCUUCAAAUGCAGUAAUAAAUGCAACAUACCCCAGUCCUCCCAUCUCUAUCAGGAUAAUAGAAACAAAAAAAGAUUCUGUAACAAUAAAAAUUGUUAAGGGAAAAGGACUUGUAAAACGCUAUGUCGUUUCUGUGAAUGGAAGGGACAUCAAUGUACCUGCAUCAUUGAACAAGGAUGCUACAGUUUACACAAUUAGUGGACUUGAUUCAGCAACUUCAUAUCCAAUCAAAGUGUCAGCAGUAUCAAGUGGUGAACACAAAACUGAAUUAGCAAGCAUACAAAUGUCUUUGACAACAGAGAAAGAUCCUAUUCCUGUUGCAAUUGGAGGUGUUUUUGGUGGAUGUGCUGCCUUGGUAGUAAUAUUAAUUAUCGUAUUGUCAUGGAGACGACAAGCAUUAUGCUUUAAAGAGAAUAUUCAUAAAGAAGUAGAACAAGGCAACAUGAACGCUGGAUUUGAAGAAGAAGUUGAAUUGGAAGACAAUCGUCGGAAGAGGCCCAUAAAAGUUUCAGAGUUUCACAGGCACGUUGAAAUGAUGUCAGGAAAUUCAAACAUGGGAUUUUCACAGGAAUUUAAGGAGCUAGGAAUUUUAAGUCCAAAACACUCAACUGAAGUAUCUCAAAUUCAAGAAAACAGACCGAAGAACAGAUACACGAACAUACUUCCAUUCGAUCAUUCACGUGUUAAACUAAUCGGAAUUGAAGAUGAAACCGGGAGUGACUUUAUAAAUGCUAAUUACAUUCCUGGAAAGAGAUCAAAAAGAGAAUUUAUAGCGACACAAGGGCCUUUACCGUCAACCAAAGAAGAGAUGUGGAGGAUGAUCUGGGAACAGAACGUCAGUAGUAUAGUUAUGCUAACUCAGCUUUUAGAAAGAGGCAGGAAAAAGUGUGAGAUAUAUUGGCCAGAAAACACAAAUGAAAAAAUGUUUCUUGGAGACAUUAUAGUAGAGGUUGAAACAUUGUCACAUUUAUCCGACUACACACUACGAACUAUUGCUUUGCGACUUGGGGAUGUUGAGAGAAGAAUAAAGCAUUACAAUUAUUUAUCAUGGCCAGACAUGGGUACACCAAAAACAUCUAGUAAUAUGAUAAAUUUCGUUGAUACAGUUAGAAAAGAAAUCCAACCUAAUAUGAAUGGUCCUAUUAUAGUUCAUUGUAGCGCUGGUGUUGGCCGCACGGGAACUUUUAUCGUCAUGGAUAUUCUUAUGCAAGAAAUCCGAUCUAAGUGUACUCAUGUGGAUAUAUUUGGGACAGUAUUGAAUAUGCGAAAUUACAGAUUAAACAUGGUGCAAACAGAGGAUCAGUAUGUUUUCAUACACAACUGUGUUAGAGAUUUACUUGAUGUGUCCGAUGAUGAGGAAGAGGAUAGGAUUGAGGAGGAAAAUGCAUAUCUGAACGAACCAAUUUACCAGAAUGUUGAUAAAUAAAUAAAUAAGCCAACUUUAGAAGAUAACUGUAUGAUUUGAAAAGGAUAGCAGUGUUUUCGAAAACAGCUUUAUAGUCUAUAACAGCAUAUUAUAUGUAUCCAAUAGAGGUCAUAAAAGAGCUUUUUGAAUAAUGACUGUGUAUCAUAUAAUAAUUGUGUGGAUGCUUUGAUCAAUAUCUGUAAAAAAAAAAAAAAAAAA